GUUGACCUAGGAGUCGCUGCUCAGGCUUACCAGAAGGCCAAGAAACUUGUCGCUACUCUGACCAACGAAGAAAAAAUUGCAAUCAUUACUGGCGGCAGUGUCAACACCACUUGGACUACACUUCGGGACGCUGAUGGCGCUGCCGGCAUCAACGGACAGUACUACGUCUCGGGCUUUGGGGAGCCGAGCGCGCUUACCAUGACGUGGAACAAGCAGCUCUUUGCCAAACAGUGGCAGGCUAUUGGAAACGAGUACUACCUGAUGGGCUACAACCUCGUCCACGGCCCCGUGUCCAGCCCGCUCGGUCGAGUCCCCUUUGGCGGGCGUGUUCCCGAAGGUUUUUCUCCCGAGCCUUACCUCAACGGGAUUGCUAUGGGCCAGGCCGUAGCGGGCUUGAACAAGGCCGGUGUCAUUGCCUGUGGCCGCCACUUCCUGCUCAACGAGCAGGAGACCAACCGGAUGAGCGGCGGCUACUCUGCCAAUGCAGACGACAAGACGGUCCGCGAGGUUUACCUCUGGCCGUUUGCCGACGGUGUCAACAAUGGCAUGAUGGCCGUCAUGUGCGCCAUGAACAAGGUGAACGACACGUUGGCCUGCGAGAACAACAAACUGCUGAGCGGCUAUCUCAAGUCGGACUUGGGGUUUCCUGGCAUGGUCGUCCCCGACGUGGGCUCGCAGAGCACAUCCUUCGGAUCCGCCAACGCAGGCUUGGACUAUGGUUCGAGCUCCCUGUGGAGCACAACCGUCAUGGAAGCCGGCAUCAAGAACGGCAGCUUGACGCAGGCCCGUUUGGACGACAUGGCUGUGCGCAACCUCAUUGGGUACUACUACGCCGGCCUUGACAACGGCAAGCAGCCCGAGGCGGCCGAUAUGUUUGAGUACCGCAAUGUCCGCGGCGAUCAUGCCUCUAUUAUCCGCCAGGUCGGCCGUGAAUCGAUGGUGCUCCUGAAGAACAACAACCACGACGGCCGUGGCUUGCCCAUCAACAAGCCGCGCACCAUGUCCCUGUUUGGUGCCCAUGCGGGCCCAGUCAUGGCCGGACCCAACCGUGCUUUGAGCGUCGGAGGCACGCCGGCAGAUGUCUACCAGGGACACUUGUCCACCUCGGGUGGUUCGGGUCAGGCCUCCCUGGGCUACCUCGUCACGCCCUUCCAGUCCAUCAGCGCACACGCCAUUGCCGACGAGAGCAUGAUAUGGUGGAUUAUGAACGACAGUAAGUGCCUUCCCGCCUCAGACUAUAGCGUCGGCAGCGGCACAGCCGUGACCCCGUCCCUCACAGGCUACGCCGAGCACUCAGAAGUGUGCCUCGUCUUCCUCAACGCCGAUUCGGGCGAGGGCGCCGACCGUUCGUCGCUGUCCAACACGGACCAGGACACGCUGGUCACCACCAUCGCCUCGACAUGCAACAACACGGUCGUGGUGCUCAACGUCGCCGGCCCCCGCGUGAUUUCCGCCUGGGCUGACCAUGAGAACGUCACGGCCAUCCUGUACGGCGGGCUGUUGGGCCAGGAAUCGGGCAAUGCCAUCGCCGAUGUCCUGUAUGGCGUGGUCAACCCCAGUGGGAAGCUGGCCUACACCCUGGCGAAGAACGAGAGCGACUACCCCGGCCAGAUCUGCAGCGGCACCGACUGCGAUUACACCGAAGGCGUCUUUGUCGACUACCGCUACUUUGACAAGAACAACAUGUCAGUUAGCUACCCGUUCGGCCACGGCUUGUCCUACACCACCUUCGCCUACGGCUCUGUGACGGCCCGAAAGACCAACACCAAGGCUUUGGCGUCAAAAUACCCGACGGGAAAGCUCGGUCUGGGAGGUCAGACGGAUCUGUGGGACGAGGUCAUUUCCGUGUCUACCACCAUCAAGAAUACGGGGCAGCGCGAUGGCAUGGAGACGGCGCAGCUGUAUGUAACCUUCCCCGACGCGGCGGGCCAACCGCCGAGGGUGCUUAGGGGGUUUGAGAAGGUCAGUGUGGCAAAGGGAAGGGAGGAGAAGGUCACCUUCAGUGUGAGGAGGAGAGAUGUCAGUUACUGGGAUACCACGGCGCAGAAGUGGGCUCUGGCGAGCGGAAAGUAUACGUUCACUGUCGGGGCGAGCAGCAGGGACUUGAAGGGAAGUGUGGAGGUCAAUAUUUGA